AUGCUGAGAUGUACAAUUGGCAGGAUCAUUGUAACAAACUUGUGGAGCGAAUCAAUGUUUGCCAUCUCUCAAGGUAACAGGUUCACGUUGUUAAUAUUUAAAUUGGUCUUUAUAACGUGCACUGCUGGCAUUAGGAAAUGUUCACGCAAUUACAAUGACAACAGUAGUGAGAUCCUCACCUCAACAGAUUUUCCUAUCACUUUUAAUAACUGGAUACCUUUUAAAGAACGUACAUUUACUUUUUUCGGUGACGUCUUAUUUCCAACCCUGGGGUUCAGAAGGAAAACUAAUAAUUGUAUUGCUACCCUUUUUGUAGGUCCCAAUGCGGAUGAGCAGAAUUUAUCAAAGAAAGCCACUGUGAUCUGUCAAGAUGAAAACCCCUCUUCUUCUGAAAAACGUCUUCAUAAAGGUACCGUUGAAUCUUAGAAACUUGUGUAAUAUGUCCGCGAAAGCAACUCAUUGUUUUCUAUGUAGGAAGGUCUGGGACGUGUACUUUAAUUUAUUCCUUGUGGGGAUGUUAAAUAAACAAGAAAUGGCCGAAGCAUCGAACAAGACUCGUUUAAGACUGACUUACAGGGUCAAGACGUUUUCACACUGGUUACAAGUUAACAAUGUGAGAUACCGACAAAUAAUGCUCGUUUCUGGUUUACUUUUCUCGUGCUAAAUAGAGUAAUAGACUACAACAAAAGGAAAUUUUGUUUUAACAUAUACGCGGUAGGCUUCGUCUUUUUGUAUGGGUUUUUCUAAGUGAAUUUUCACCUUGGGACUUUGACAUGCUGUCCAUUGCCGCGGUGUAUAGAUUGUCAGCUAACAAUUAAUCGCCCCAGUAAGGUAAUCAGGUUUCCAGAAUCUGGGAAACUUUUUCUAGUGGAAUCUGGAAUCGAGGAAACUUUAUCAUUUGGAAUCCGGACCCUGGGCUUUGGAAUCCAGAAUCGAACUCAAGGAAUCUGGAAGCUCGCUAAUGAUUGUAAUACGAAAUCCAAGUUCCGCUGACAAGGAAUCCGGAGUCCAGUACCUGAAAUCCAGAAUCUAAGACUGUUUUGGCGGCGCAAUUGACGUGCUCUGUGUUUCUCUUUAUUACUCAAUCACGACUGUAAAAUUUCGUGUGGACUGAUAGUCUCGGUAGUCGUUUAAGUCUACGAGAAACCGCUUUUUUAAAAACGUCUUCAGGGAGGUACAUGUGAAUUCCCUAUUUGAAAAAAAAGCAUACAAACACAAGUUUUGUAGGGAAUUAGCUGGGGUGUGUAUGAGCAAAAAUAAUUGAUCGCUAGUCUGGUUUAAUUUCAGGCUCAAAAAAAGGGAAAAGACCUUUGUCUCCAAGUAGCACUCCAGCAUCAAAAGUCCCAGAAUGUUUGGGAGAUGAAGGUAAAGUUUGUUUAUGCAUGAUAAAGUUUAUAACCAUUUUAGUACUGAAAGCAACAUAGGAAGUAGAAAGAUCUGCAUGGACGAACUUGUGUUCAUAAAAGCUUUUGUGCCCCCUGCCACGCCCCUUCCCCCUCCUGCUUUAGAGAUGGAUACUCAAGAUGGUGGAGUCACUCUCUUGCGUUCAGUAGCAAAACUUAAACUUCUCAGGCUUGACGCACGCUCUCUCUAUUUCGAGCGUGCUUCAUAUUUCGCAGAGUUGAACCUGGUGAGUACAGAAUUUGUUGUUUGCAUUUUGGCACAUUUUGUCAAACUGUGGUCAAGUCCUGUUCUUGUCAAUUCCUUGUGACAUGGUUCAUGGGAAAGCGUUUAGUGCUUUAAAAUGAUUUUUUUGUGCGAAGGUGGUGUGGCAAAAGACAAUGAUGCUUUUCGGGUUUGAUUGUUUGUGUUUCAACUGAUUUUACCUGGUCUGAAAAAAAAUUUUUUUUGGCCCUUUGGGCUUCACUUUCGUCUAAAAUAUGGAGUCGAACGGCCGGCCCCCCGUGCUUCUCCCCUGGAAUUUAGAAGCCGAAGGAUAUUAACUCUUUCACCCCGAAACCGAGUCAUGGCGAGAUGAUUUGUCAUUCUAAGUUUUGCAUAUGUGAACGAAACCCAGUGGUGUUAUCCUCUUAUUGCUAUUUAUUUCUUGGGAUUUCUCUAAAAAGAAAUCUGGAAUCUUUGUGAGUUUUCCCUUUUCCACUCUUAGGAGUGAAAAGCGGUUACCGUAUUUACUCGAAUGAGCACCGCACAUGGAGUGGAAAAUUUAAUACACGCUACCCUACGGCACUUAUUCGAGUAUUUCCAUAAGAUGUCACAAAUACACUGUAAUCGCUGCAAUGCGGUUCUAAGCCAGCAAUGGGAAUUUAUUUUCAUCAAUAGUGAAGUUUUUCAGUUUAAACCUGCAGAAAAGUAUUGACGAGGCUGUUAUGAAAGCCAAAACUUAGGUUAGCUUCAAGCCGGUAAGCCAUGAAAAAAUACUCAUGAAGUAAAUUAAAUUGUACAAUCAAAAUGGUUUGUCUUUGUGGUAUGAGCCUUUUAAAUAAGCGCCGCCCUCGAAUAAGCGCCGCACCGGAGGCACGAAAAAUAAAAUGAGCACCGCGGCGCUUAUUCGAGUAAAUACGGAAACUCUGUCGAUUUCCUUUUAUGUAAAUGGAGGCGUGGCUGAAAAUUAAUUCCUCAAAAUAUAAUGUAGUUAGUUUCUACGUGGUGCUGCGUGCGGCAGUGAAAUACACAAAAAUUGGUUUUAUGAACUGAGUCGACGCAGGUAAAUUGGCCAGGUUAAAAAGCAUACGUUUUUAGAGCUAACCCCUUGUUAAUUAAUCUCCUUAUUCAAAGAUUUCCUUUUAAGGCCUAUCUCUAUUAAAAAACAGUCGAACCUCCGUGUGCGACCACGUGUCCAAAACAACAACGAUACCCAGUCGAAGCCUUAGAGUUGGAACCUCUAGUAAACGACCACCUCCUGUAAGCGACCGCGACCACUUUUUGGGGGUGACGUUCCUAUAGUUUUUUUUACCAUUUUUUACCUCUCGUAACCCGUUUGAUGCAUGAUCUGACCUCUAUGCUCACCUGUGUGUACUAUACCACUCAGUGUAUAUGAAGAAGUUUUAAUGACAAUAUAAAGCUAUACAUAUCGUAACUAAGACAUUACAUGCAAAACAUUAUCUUCUAUUAGUUUGCUAAGUGCGGACCUUUUCUCGAAAGAGACCCCCUGUUGUUCGAUUCUUGUUGGUGACCUCGUCCCGUAAGCGUCCUUUAACUUUCUAACAUUUUGGUUCAGUAGUAGCUUAUAGGAGGUUUGACUGUAUUUGAUUUAUGUACAACUGCUUGAUUUGCUUUGACGAUUCAAAUUAUAAUUUCCUAAGCUACACUGCUUUCAUUACUAAGUAUAAUAUAAAGACAAACUAUCUAGAGUAUUAUAAAGUAGUGUCUGCCCUUAAACAUUUCAGGAAAAAAUGUUCCAACAAUCAAAACUUCACUACCUUGGAAAAAGCCACCGACAACCUGUUCUCUUCCGAGAAAAUUUGCAAAAUGUUUUAUCAGAUUUUGCUCAAAAGAAAGACUUCCUCACCAGUGAAAAGCCAGGGAAAGUGGCCUGCUGAAGAUCUUUUUUCAAACGUACAAGUGAACUGGGAAAAUACCUAUCAGCUACGUUUUCUAUGUACUUCGGAAAGGAAGUUAAGGGUAUUUCAAUUCAAAUUUCUGCAUAGAAGAGUAGCUACAAACGACUUCCUUCUUAAGAUAGGCAAAAAGGAAACAGACUCCUGUUCUUUUUGCGCUGAUUCCCCAGAGACACCUACGCAUCUCUUUUGGCAUUGUAGAUAAACUCAGACUUUUUGGAAUAAUGUUUCGCAGUGGACCUCCGAAGAGCUUCAGUUGACCAACUUGAAUAUUACCCCCUUUUCGCCAGCUCUUUGCCUCGGCUUAAUUGACAACAUAUCCAAUCUUCCCCCUCAUUGCUAGACAUUAUAUAUAUAGUUGCAAACUACGAAAUACUAUUCCUGUGGUACAAGUGUACACUCAGUUAGUCAUACGCUCCAUGGAAAUUGAGAAACAGAUUGCGUUUGAUAAUAAAAACUUAGCCUCUUUUAAGAAGAAAUGGGCUACUUUCAAACAAUGCCCCUCAGAAUACAAUUUGACCAAUACAGUUAAUUAAAGUGCAAGUGACAAACGGGCAGAUGGGUGAUGGAAGACCAUAAGGCAGACAGCCUUCUCUAAUUGUUAAUAUAUAAACUAUAUAUAGUAUUUUUGUGGACUUUGUCUUUCUUUUUUUUUUUAAUUUCUUUUUUGUAAACGAUAACGUUACCUGUAAUGAAUUGUAAAUGUAAUGUAUUGUAAUUGUUUGUGUGUGCGAAAUAAAUAAAUAAAUAAACAAUAAUAAUAAUAAUAAUUAAAAAAACAUUGGUGUAAAAUAAGUAUUACUUGUUGAAUAACACUGAUAGUCUAUAAUAAUAUUGAUAGUGUACAGUUCUGUUUGUCAAGGUAUUUAAAUAAAAUUAAAUGUUUCGUUCCAAAAAAAAUAGAGUCCGUUUGGAAAAUGUGUGUUCUACAUUCCACACAUGCCAAUUGUAAAGCAGAGUACAGUUACGACGAAGGUUCCCAUGGUGUUUGACGCGAGUGUUAAGCCCCAACCUUUGACUAACAGCAUCAAUGAUUGCAUGUUUACUGGUUCCCCGUUGCAGCCGCUUCUCUGGAAUAUAAUGGUUAGAGUACGAAUGUCCUCAAGUCUGCCAGGUUCCCGGUUUACAAGUGGGAAUCUAAUGUCAAGUUUCUUGAAAGUGAAGGCAUGCCAAACCCAAGCAAGAUCCUUGGACACACGUGGAAUAAAGAUUAUGACACACCGGAGCUGCUUGCAAAGCCUUUUCCACCAGAACAUCCAGUGACCAAGUGCACUAUACUCAGUUACCUAGGAACUGUCUAUGACCCACUCGGGAUAAUCUCACCCACCAUGGCAGAGGGAAAGCAUAUUUAUCGAGAAGCCCGCGAUGAGAAGAAAGGCUGGAAUGCAGAAGUUUCCGCCAGAUUGAAGAACGAAUGGUUGAGGUGGAUGAAGCAACUUAGAGAUGUAAAAGUGUCUAGAAGUAUUGGCUCUUUCGUUAGAGAGAUAGGAGCGGUCCAUUUACAUCUUUUCGCAGAUGCCAGCAUAUUAGCAUGCUGUGCAGCAGUUGUUGCGGGGGUAGAACAUGAGGCAGGCGUGACCAAAGGACUUCUGACCUCAAAGUCGCGGAUAUCAAAGAGAAGUAAAUCAAUAGCAAGACUGGAGUUCGUGAGUGGCCACAUGGCAGUAAACAUCGCGAAGAACCUCUGCACUCCUCUCCAGAGGUGGCCCAUCGAAACCAUCAACAUUUGGAUGGACAGUAUGGUAGCACUAUAUUGGAUAACCAAUCCUGGGAGAGGGUGGAAGGUGUUUGUAUCAAAUAGAGUAAAGAAUAUAGCAGAAACUGCUGGUCCAGUCAACAUCACUUGGAAGAACUGCCCAUCAGAGUUGAGUCUAGCAGACGUCGGAAGUAGAGGGGCAACCAUUGUGGAGAUGGAAAGAGGAAACUGGUUUGCCGGUCCGGAUUGGCUCUUGGACAAAAGGCGGUGGCCAGAGCAGCCUAGGCUGAAUAGCACUAAAGAAACAGAUGAAGAGAGUAACGUCACCCAAGAGGCAGUUCUUCGAACAGUAGAGCGUAUGUUCGAUGAGUGGGAUGCCUUACUAGAAAUGCAACAGCAUGGGUGUUACGGUUUAUCAGUAACUGCAAAGCGAGGAGCAAGUCAAAGAAGAUGUCAGGUCUAUUAGUCACGUAAGAGAUCCCAACUGUAAGUGACUACUAGGUAAAGCGAGUUCAGAAAGCAGAAUAAACAUGUCUGAAGUCCCCAGGAUGGAUGUUGGCCAAAGAUGACCAUACAGGAGUUCUCAUGUGUGAAGGCAGAAUUAAAAGAUUAACGGCCGAUUUACCUUCCUGGUGGUUUACCUGCGGAGAAGCUUAUCUUUCACAUCCACAAUCAGGUCAUGCAUCUUGGUGUCGCAAACACGAUGGCGAGUGUGAGAGAAGACUGGUGGAUACCAAAGUUGACAGCGAAAGUGAAGAAGGUCAUUAAGAACUGCAACAUCUGCAAAGUAUACUUCACCAAACCUUACGGAUUGCCGUCAAUUAGUGGUUUGCCAGAAUAUAGAACAGAGGGGAGUAGACCGUUUGAAGUAACCGGGGUGGAGUUUGCCAGACCCUUCCUGUACAAGGUCGGUAAGAAAGAAGAAUGAAAGUGCUAUGUGAUUAUUUUCACCUGUGCCAGCUCCAGAGCGUUCCAUUUGGAAGUUGCAAGCACCCAAACGGCAGGUGAAUUCAAGAGUAAGCUGAGUGCCUUCAUCUCGCGACGGACAAGACCUCGCAUCAUCAUCUCAGAUAAUGCCAAAGUGUUUAAGGCUACAGCAGAUUGGAUCAAGACAGUGAGAAAAAGUGAGAAGUUGCAGAAUUACGUAGCACGUAAAAACAUCCGCUGGCAGUUUAAUCUUGCAAAGUCACCCUUGUGGGGAGGAAUCUAUGAGAAAUUAAUUAAGGAGAUAAAGAAGACCUUGCACAAGACCUUGGGGAGGUCAUAUCUUUCCUAUGAAGCAUUUAAAUCAGUCAUCAUGGACAUCGAAAGAAAUUUGAAUAAUCGCCCCUUGACAUAUGUUGAAGCAGAGGGAGAGGAAGAGACGGUGCUUACACCGAACACGAUCCUGUGGGGACGAGAUGUGUAUGCUGUAGAAGACACUGAAAGCUCAGAUGCAGAGAAGCUGACAAGGAUGGCCAAACGAUUAGAAAAUGCUAAGGCCAAUGCAUGGAAACGCUGGAAAAGGGAGUAUGUCCACAGCCUAUUGGAAAGUAACAGGCUUAACAAGGAGACGGAAACCAUACCUCAAGUGGGAGAAAUUGUACUCAUCAUUGGAGACGAAAGAACCGCGGAGAAUGGAGAAAGGGUAAAGUGGUUCGUCUUAUCAAAGGCAAAGAUGACGUCGUUAGAGAGGUAACAUUGGUACACAAAAAGCACACUAUUGACCGAUCGCUUCAGUUAGUUUGCCCCGUGGAAAUCAGAGCGGUGGAGAAUGUUGACCAGCCUCAAAAGGGGAGGAGAGAUCGAGCUGAUGUAGGAGAACAGAGACCAAGACGAGCUGCAGCUCAGAUGGCUGCUCAGAGAAUCGCAGAACAAUUGCAAGAAAGAAGAGAACUGAUAAACUGAACUGUGUUUUAGUAUAAACCAGACUGUCAUAUAGCAAAUCGGAUUAGUUUCAAGUUACGGUUGAUUGUAAACGUUGCGAGCUGCCAUUUGUAGGGGAGUUGUGUAAGAGAGAUUUACCGACACUACCCCUCACAGUUCUGUGUCCUUUAGUACUACUACCAAAUUAGGGCUAGGACUACCAAAUAAGGCAAUGAACCCGUGCGAGAAAGAUAGAACUGGACGAGACGAAAAAGAGAGCGAGUUUUCCUUGUGGAGUCUUUCAUCGAGUAUUGUGAUUUAUUGUGAGUUCUUUCGGAGAGAAUAAACCAGGAAACCGUGUUAUCGUGAGUUUUUACUGUGAGUUCUAUGCGCUGUUUUAUUGUUCAGCUCAGUUGGUUUAGUUUUUGCAAUCGAUCGCCUGCUACAUCAACACACACACAUGUGCGUAGGUUGGAGGCUUAUUUAUAAAAACAAAUUCCUGAAAAUUUUACAAGUAGGGAAAAUAUAAAUACGUUAUUUGCUGGUCCGCCGGGGAGGAUUCAGAUGAAGGAAUAUCCUAGAUAGGUCCUGGUAAACGGCUUUUGUCUCUCAAAAUUCCCCCACUAUCCCGUACACAAAUGUUUCUAAAUGUAAUUUAGGCGAGGUUAAACACGAGACAAUGCUGGCCAGCGGUCUCCACCACUAAUGAUAUGUGGGCGGUCUUAGGGUUUAGCAGGGCCUUAGUGAAUUUGCAGCGGUUUUGCAGAAGUCAAUCGUUUUGCUCACGUUGUCUUUGCGUGCAGGAGUUCUAGUUGUGUUUUGCCUCCAACCCUCCCUCCUCUCUGGAUGUUUUUCUUGGUAAAUAUCUGCGCCUUUUUCCACUGAGAUUCUCAGCGUGAUGGUGCCUGGUAGGUGCCGCUCUUUGGGUUGUCAUGGUUAUUUUCGAGGCUUGCUUGUGGCCCCCAGGCACCUUCCCCACACCCAUCUAUUGUUGAUGGGUUUAAAUUGGAUUUGUUUGCGCGAGCCAACUUACAUAGGAGGUCUUCACCUUGUCGAUAUUUGGCAGGCACACUGUCCCUCUCUGUUCUCUCUCCAUUCUCCCACUCGUUCUUUAAGGGACAGUGAAGCCUGCGAAGCAGGCUACUGUGGCAAGCCGUUUGUAGCAAUACAAAAUUCAGUCAAGUCAAAAAUUUAUACAAUCCAAUUAUUUUAGCGUAAUAAAAUAAAGAAUAAAAAAAGCGUUUAAAUUAAUCCUUAAAAAAUUCAUUCAAUCCAAUCAUUGGAAUAUUUAUUCAAUGCAAUCACCGAAAUAUUUAUUCAAUCCAAUGACUGAAAUAUUUAUGCGAUCCAAAAACGGAAACAUAUGUUUAAUCCAUUCAUGGACAUAUUUAUUCAGUCCAUUCGAGAACACGUUUAAUACUCCCGGCAUUUCAUUUAAUCUUCCUGGGGCGAGCGCGGCCAACCCGAGUCGUAACAUAUAUGGCUUUAUCUUUUUUUUAAAGUUGCCCAUUUUUGCCUUGCUGGAAAGGGAGGGGGAGGGGAGUAGAAAAUGUUGCAAUCUGCCUUUUACUUUUUUUUAUAUUCAUUUAUAAAGUUAAUUCAUAUUUGGGUGCUACUCUUUACUUAUUAAUCAGGCUGGCGAUAUUCAUAUUGUUUUUCAUAGAGAGAGCGUCUGAAACAUCGGCCACUGAUCCUCCUCAAGUCAGUGCCCGUCAGAUAAGGAAUAAAGAUCUUCCUGCAAAGUCAAAGCCUUUUGGUGAUUGCCAAAUCGAAGUCGACAUUCUGUUACUGACGGUGAUGAAGGAAGAUACCUGCGAGGAUUGUGAAUUUCUAAGCUGCCUUGCAUAUCUAAAUCCUGAUUUCUGUAAGAUUCAUCACCCAGAUCUUGGCUACGUGUACCUUGGAGACAUGGGAGAAGAUGAUUUGAAACUAAACGUCGCUGUUAUGAAGUGCUGCGAGGGUUCGAGCUCUACGGGAGGUUCUAUAGUUGUUGUAACUAACGCUGUCAAGGUCUUGAAGCCGAAAGCAGUGUUUUGUGUGGGUUCUUGCAGUGGCCUAAAUGUCACCAAAGUUAGUCUUGGAGACGUAGUAGUUUUGAAGAAGUUAGUAACAUACGCUUUUUCUAAAGUUACGGAGAAUGGUAUUGAAGAACGUGGAGUCAAAGUUCCAUUAAAGCCUCAGCUUUCGAAAUUGAUUCUAAGUGCUGGUGAAGGUUGGAAGCCACCUUUGAAAGAUCCAGGAACACUCGAGGUAAGGAUACAUCGCGGCACGUUUCUGAGUGGACCAGAAGUGAUCAAUAACCACAAGCGGUGUAACGCACUCAUCGAACGAUUUCCAGAAGCAGUUGCUAUAGAACGAGAAGGUGAAGGUAAGUUUCUUGGCUAGUUGCUGUGUUAACAGAGUAUGCAUGAAUUCAAUUCAAUUCUAUUGUAAGAGAACGUUCUUUUAGGGGAGGCAUCUAUGAAUCAGAUUUAAAUAGGGUUCCACAAGAAUCUAAACUGACGUUUUCAUUACACAGUUAUCGCCACAUUGAACCCGGCGUUUGUUUGAAUUUGCAGUUUUUGAGCGCCUGUCGGUUUUAAGAAAGUUGCUUUUUAUUCCUUUUUUUGUCAGCUGGCUAUUUUCCCUCUAUAUCAUAGGUUAUUGUAUACCACACAAAAAGUUCUUUGCCCUCUGCAUAUCGAUGCUUUAAAAUCAAGUUCAAAGUGAUAAUUAUCAAGUCUUGUUGACUGUCUCUCUCCUUGACCUGGUUCUUUCCACCGGAAAGACUGUAUUAGUCAACUCUUAACUCCACUUCUCUUACUCUUCAUUUCCCACGAAUCUCCUUUUCAGGUGUGUAUGCAGCAGCGCAUAACCUGGAUAUUGAGUGGGUAGUUAUUAAAGGAAUUUCAGGCUACGCUGAUGGCAGAAAAGUUAAGGAUUCGUGGAGAGCAUUCGCAAG